AUGUUGAGGACGCAAGAUUCGCGCGCGCUGACGGCGGCUCAGACAAACACAACAGUACAUCAGCCACUCGAAGCAUCAUCCGCACUACGGUUCCGCCUAGCCUACCGAAAAGAAGAGUCCUCUGAUAGUUCAAGGACGGUAGUGAGUGUUGGGAAAUCCCCAACAGUGAGUCCCUUCCGCCGGCUACCUUCAGUAGUUGUUCAAAGCGCCAACAUGGUGAACUCCAUAUUCGAAUACGGCGAUGUUUGGAAAGAGGAUCGAGGCGCUAUGGCCCCGGGAAAGUUGAAGCUCACCGACCAGAACAUCGUGUUCAAAAACGCCAAGACUGGCAAGGUGGACCAGAUAAAUAAUGGCGAGGUCGAGAGU